AUGACCACACCCGUGUGCGGUCGAUGCCAGUGGAUGCAAAAUAAUCCCAAUUCAGGACAAUGUGAAACACCCCAGUGCACCAGUUGUGGGAAGUGCUAUCGCUAUCUUCAAGGCUCUGAAUGUCCAUCAUGCAAGAAGAGCAGCGGUCUCUCAGCACUCGCACCACCUCCCAAUCCAACCUCUUCUGCAUUGACACCUCAAGCUUUGGCUCCAAACAUCGGAAUACCUUCAAUCGCGUCAAGUCUUCCAGCGGAGCUGUUUCAGGGUGUUUUGAGUCAACCAACCUCAAUUGACCCAUCGACUUCUUCUAGUUCUAACAAUUACUCUCGACUCAAUGUUCCUUACGGCUCUCAAGUUUUAAAGUCACAACUACAAGGAUCCAUUCGGGCAUCUCCGUCUGGGAGACGGACUGUUGGAAAGCUAAAGGGCAGGAAAAAGAAACAUGUAGAGCGAGAUGUCGAGGAAGAUAGUCCAGAAAUUAAGAUUCCAAUGACUUUUCCUUACCUGAGUGGAAUUGGCAAGUCGACUGUUGUACAUCCACUCACACCCCGAAAAUUCAAAAUCAACUUGAACAACUCGGACUGGUUCUGGACUCUUGGAUGGGAUGUCUACGCCUACUAUUUGCAAGAGGCAGUCGACUCGGCGUGGCCAUCUAAGCAGCUUCAGAAAGAUAAGAAGAUUCAUCCUCUCCCCCCCAACUUUUCACCUACAUACUGUAUCAUUGCUGACAAUGGGAUCUUGGUUUCAAAAGAGUCAAUGGAAUCAACAAUUCAAAAGAGCAAGAAGCUUGAUAGUAAGAAGUUUGGUUUAAUCUUCAACAUGCAGAAAUACCUAGCCACUCUUCCGAAGGAACCUUUUCCCAAGCCUGAGAACUUGAAGCCUACGUCUCAAAAACGCAAGCAAAAUUUUGAAAUCACUGACAAUGAAGAUGAUCCAACAGACAACUCUGAAUUAGAAUCUUCCUCUCGUACUCACAAGCGCAAGCGGAUGUACGACUCAUCAUCUGAGGAAGAUGACAAAAUUGAUUCCAACUUCAACAAUUCCCUCCAUCAACCCAUCUGCUCCAAAAAUUCCAAAGGCACCCAACCAAAGUCAUGUGAUUGUCUAGCCAAAAAUUCAGAUCAAUUGGAAGAAAGUUUACACGGUGAUUCAACCAGCAUGGUACCAUUUCCAUCUAAUGAACCUCAAACUCCACUUAGUCCUGGACAGGAUCAAAAGGCUGAUGAUGACAAUCACCAAGAUAAUUAUGCCCCCAAAGCCACUGUCUCGGUAUCCGUACAAACUAAUCAGACUCUCACAGUUCAUGAUAUCUUGAUAGGGCGGUUGGACAAUGAUGAAUCUAUGUCCCUCAAAGCCUUUGGUAACACACACGAACUAGCUCCCUCUGCAAAGGUAAUCCUUCCAUACCCUGCUUGUUCGAUCUUGAACUGGAACGAAGGCUGGCUUCUUUCGAUGAUCACCAAGAAUGGCAAAGCAGCGUUCAAACCGGUCGCAAUCUCCUUCCGUGUCAAUUGA